CGCACUUGUGUGAGAUCUCCGCACUUGUGUGAGAGAGAGCGGGUGGGCGAGAGAGAAAGACAGAGGGACGACAGUGUGUGUGUGUAUGCGUUUCUUCUCUGCCACUGCAAUGGCGAUUCAAAGAAUCUCGAGGAACAAACCGAGACCCACCUCCCUUCUUUUUAUCGUCUUAUUCUCUGCCACCAUUCUCAUUGUGCUUUUCUCGUUCCCGAGCUCGAAUUCGGCUUCUAGAUCGUAUGUCAAGACGAUUCGGCCUACGGAGGAUGCAAGGGAAUGGAAGGGUUAUCUCUAUUGGGGAGAUAGGAUAGAUUGUCCCGGGAAGCAUUGUGACUCUUGUGAGGGAUUAGGGCACCAGGAAUCGAGUCUUAGAUGCGCUCUCGAGGAAGCAAUGGUUCUUCGAAGAGUCUUCAUCAUGCCCUCUAGAAUGUGCAUUAGUGCAAUACACAAUAAGAAAGGAAUUCUUCACCAAUCCACUAACGCAAGCCUGGAAGACAGAUGGACAGAGAAUUCCUGUGCAAUGGACUCUUUGUAUGACAUGGACCUCAUCUCAAAGACCGUUCCUGUCAUCCUAGAUAAUUCUAAAACAUGGCAUUAUGUUUUAACAAGAAGCAUGAAGUUAGGUGAAAGGGGAGUUCGCCAUGUUGAAGGGGUUACCCGAGCAGAGCUGAGAGACAACAAAGCAUAUUCAACGCUGUUUCUAAUCAAUCACACUGCUAGCCCUCUGUCAUGGUUUGCUGAAUGCAAAGACAGAAGCAACCGUAGUGCAAUAAUGUUGCCCUAUUCCUUUCUUCCCAUGAUGGCGGCAAAGAGAUUAAGAGAAGCGGCUAAACAGAUUAAAACUAUACUUGGUGAUUAUGAUGCCAUUCAUGUGCGUCGAGGUGAUAAAAUCAAGACCAGGAAAGAUAGGUUUGGGGUGGCUAGGACUCUUCAUCCUCAUCUUGACAGGGAUACCCGACCUGAAGCCAUGCUCAUAAGACUUGCAAGAUGGAUUCCUCCUGGCAGGAUGAUUUUUAUUGCCUCAAAUGAGAGGACACCUGGGUUCUUCUCGCCAUUGUCUAUCAGGUAUAGACUGGCAUACUCCUCCAACUUUAGCAACAUCUUGGAUCCUGUUAUAGAGAAUAACUAUCAAUUGUUCAUGAUAGAGAGACUUGUCAUGCAUGGUGCAAGGACCUUCAUUAAGACUUUUAAAGAAGACGACACUGACCUCAGCUUAACUGAUGAUCCAAAGAAGAAUAUGAAACACUGGCAGCUUCCUGUGUACACUAUUGAUGAGACUCCAAGCUGAUAUCGCUGCUGGCUUGACGUUUCAAGUUUUGAAUGAGACAGUUGACUGUGAUUUCCCUGAGCUCCCAUUACUUGAACUUCCCAAAUUGGAAUGUUACAGAAUUAAAUGCAAACGAGACCACGAAUUCCUCGAGGACAAGAAGGAAAGACCUUGUGCACUUGUAAAUUUGUUCCUUCUUUGUCCAGCUUGCUCAGUUAAUCCGUUCAUUCAUAUGAAUGUUAAUUCUUUUCCAUAAGCUAUGUGAACUGCCAGAUUCAGGCAAUAAUACAAGGGGAGUGGCAAAUUUUCA